AUGCUUAGUCAUAUUUCCUGCAGUUAUUUAUGCAUCACGUUUGGUCUAAAUAAGUCCGUCGGCAAAGUCCCCUCUGACAGUGCUGAGAUGGCGAGAGCGAUAGCACACCGUUCAGCACACAUGGCCUUCAUCAGUCGGCAAGUGGAGGAACGGAAAAAUGAGCUCGAUCGAUCACAUACCCAACCGAAGGAGCCAAUAAAUGAUCGUUCCACGGAUCGCGACUUUCAGUUCCAACAUGACUCAUCCAGCCCAGCCCAGCCACUCGAGAAUUUCGCCAUACGAUCCCGCCCCAAGCUCAAACUCAGUCGACUUCCCGCUCAAUCAUCUACACUGCGAUUAAGCGAGAUGGCGGACGGCGGUGAUCCCUAA